CGAAAGUAAACUUAAACGGUGCACUUGAGACCCAGAGAGUUAACAUUUUUAUUCGCAUAAACGUUGGUCGACAAAAUACUAAUUCAAAUAGAAUAACCAGCAUGUCAAAUGACCGGGGCAAGAGAGCUGCACUUUUUCAUGGGAUAAACGUUGGUCGACAAACAUCAAAUAGAAUUACCAGCAUGUCAAAUGACCGGGGCAAGAGAGCUGCCCUUUUUCAUGGGAUAAACGUUGGUCGACAAACCUCAAAUAGAAUUACCAGCAUGUCAAAUGACCAGGUUCCUUUACUUCAUUUGGAGGAUGACACAUCAGCCUUUGAUCCAGAGAACCUGUCUGAUUGGAGGAUCAUUCUUGUGGGGAAGACUGGCGCAGGGAAGAGUGGGACAGGAAACACCAUCCUGGGGAGAGAAGUAUUUGGAGCAGAGGCUUCCUUUGAGUCAGUUACUAAAAGAUGUGAGAAACAGAGUGGCGUGGAGAAUGGAAGGAAUAUUGAAGUCAUUGAGACCCCUGGACUCUUUGAUACGACCAUGUCAGAGGAGGAGGUGAAGGAGAUCGUCAGGUGUAUAGAAAUGUCUGUCCCAGGACCCCACGUGUUCCUGCUGGUUAUCAGGAUGGGGAGGUUCACACAGGAGGAGAGGAGCACUGUGAAGUGGAUCCAGGAGAACUUUGGAGAAGAAGCCUCAAAGUACACCAUCGUGUUGUUCACUGGUAAAGAUCAGUUGAAGGGGAAAACAAUUGAGGACUGUCUGGAACGUUCUGUUGCACUUCAGGAACUGAUCCGAAUGUGUGGGGGAAGGUACCAUUGUCUCAAUAAUGAAGCAAGGGAUGAGCGCUCUCAGGUCACUGAGCUGCUAGAGAAGAUACAAGGGAUGGUGACAAUAAAUGGAGGAACGUACUACACCAACGAGUACCAGGACGCCCAGAGAAGAAUAAGAGAGGAGGAAGAGAGGAGGAGACAGGCAGAGGAGGCGGAGAUGAGGAGAAGGGUUGAGGAGCUACUGAUACAAAAAACAAGGAUCAAGGAGGAAGAAAGGAGAAAAGAAGAAAGGAGGCAGGAGGCAGAAAGGAGGCAGGAGGCAGAAAGGAGGCAGGUGGAAGAAAGGAGGCAGGAGGCAGAAAGGAGGCAGGAGGCAGAAAGGAGGCAGGUGGAAGAAAGGAGAAAACGUGAAAAUAUUACAAUAAAGGCAUCUUCCGCAUUAUUUGUUGCAAGUUCCAUAACUGGGACUGCAGUUCUCUUUGCUGCUGAAGCAACUGUUGCUGUUGUCGCUGGACCAGUUCUGCUUGGUUUGGCGGGUGUAACUGGUAUAGGAGCCCUUACUUACUGGUCUGUAAAAAAAAUCAAGCAAAAACAACGCAGUAAUGUAAAUCACCUACUGCUUCACAAUAGCACCCACAAUAAUAUUAGUAUAAACAAUUUCAUACAUAGAGAUCCAUAGACACCCAUUCCGAGACAGUCAUACUGACUAACACCCCCCACCCCAAGACAGUAGUACUGACUAACACCCCCCACCCCAAGACAGUAGUACUGACUAAC